AUGCUGAUACUCGAGGGUAUCCCGCUGUUCCUGAUCGAAAUGGCUAUAGGACAGAAGAUGAGGCUGGGUUCCCUCGGAGUCUGGAACACUAUACAUCCAUGGCUGGGUGGGAUUGGCAUAUCCAGUUGUGUUGUAACACUGUUUGUGGCGCUGUACUACAAUGUCAUUAUAACUUGGGUCUUCUUCUAUCUAUUUAAUAGUAUUCGGUUAAGCGCUGAUGCCCUACCCUGGGCCCACUGUCCGCAAGACAAUGGCACAGCUGAAGAGGAAUGCUCGAAGACCUCAGCCACUGUCUACUAUUGGUACCGCGAAGCCCUGGACGCGGCUCCGAGCAUCGAUGAUCCAGGGGUGCCGCGCUGGUGGAUCGUUCUCUAUCUUCUAUUGGCUUGGAUUAUUGUAUUCUUUAUCGUGAUGAAGGGCAUACAGAGCAGUGGAAAGGUAUAUCAUUGUAUUACUAAUCUAUAA